CUGAUCAAGUGAAACCUCUCUAUCUACAAUAUGAAAGCUGGAAGAGAACUAUGGACUGGCAAAGCGUGCUAUGGAGGUUUAUGACCAAACAACUAAAGCUGUUCCCAACAAUGAGAAGUUCAGCAUGUAUGAAAUAUACAUUGCUCGUGCAGCUGAUAUAUUUGGUGUACCAAAAACACACACGAGAGAUCUAUGAGCAUGCGAUUGAAUCUGGUCUUCCAAAUAAGGAUGCAAAACUAUGUGUUUGAAGUAUGCUGAGCUGGAAAGAAGCGUAGGAGAAAUUGAACGUUCCCGUGGAGUAUAUGUAUUUGCCUCCAAGUUUGCUCAUCCACGGUCCGAUCAAGACUUUUGGAAUAAGUGGCGUGAAUUUGAGGUUCAACGUGGAAAUGAAGACACCUUUAGAGAAAUGCUUCGAAUUAAAAGGAGUGUCUCUGCAAGCUACAUCCAGACACAUUUUAUAUUGCCGAUGCAGAAGGAUCAAACUGACAAAGCGGUGACAAUAGAGAGAAAAGUUGGGUUUGCAAGUGCCUGAGCGAUAAAAACUAAAGCAAAUCAUGAGGAAUUCGAGUUACCAGAAGAAAACGACUUUGAUGAUAAGAUUGAGAUUGCACACAAAGUCGUCCCUUCUACUGUUUUUGGCAGUUUGAUUAGAAAGAGAGACGAGAAUGAAAAUAAUGGAGAAGUGGAUGGUGAUGCAAAAGACAAGGAUAAUGAAAAUCGGUUUGGUGCCCUCAAGAAUUAAGAACCUGAAACGGAACUAAAUGUUAGG